AUGCGUUCGCCCCUCUUCCUGACAGCCUGUGCGCUUGCCAGUGUUAGCGCCGCCUGGGCUCAAGAUGUCUCACAGGCUCUUCUGGAGGUACCUUGGCGGACAAAUAAUGCAAGGGUCAAUGAUCUUGUCGCUGCCUUGACUCACAAGGAGAAGAUCUCACUGGUUCAUCAUACACUGUGGGCAGGAAGUCAAAAUUUUGCUGGCUAUAUCAAGCCGGUUCCGAGACUGGGAAUACCGGCGCUUCAGAUGACGGAUGGUGAAGCGCUAACCUCUUACGCGGCUAUUGAUAGGGGAGUCAAUGGGGUCUUGAACGCGACAGCUAUUCCUAGCCAGUUGAAUAUUGCAGCAACAUUCUCUCGAGAGCUUGCUUAUAUUGCUGGCGCCGUUGCCGGAAGUGAGGCACGACUGCUGAAUGCCUCUAUCCUUCUAGCUCCUCGUGUGAACAUCCUUCGCGACCCAUUCGAAGGCUCCUUCUGGCAAGGUUAUUCUGAAGACCCCUAUCUGAAUGGACAGUUGGGUGCACAAGGAGUUCUAGGAAUACAGGACCAAGGGACUAUGGCAAACUCGAAGCAAACAGGUCCCAGCAGUACUGGAGCCAGCGCUGGUGACACGAACUCCCAAGUUGAUAUCCAAGUCUUGCAUGAAGUAUACUGGGCUCCUCACCAGCAACUUAUAGACGCUGGCGUAGCAACCAUGAUGUGCUCGUACGCUCAGAUCAAUGGCAUUCCUGCCUGCCAAUAUGAUGAACUGCUCAAUCUCACUAUUCGUGGGGAUUACAAUUUUACGGGUGCAAUGAUGAGUGAUUGGACGGCAACCCACUCCACAGCCCCAUCCAUCAUUGCUGGGUUGGAUUGGGAGACGGGCUCUGAUAUCUACUAUUCCGAGCCCCUGUAUGAUCAGAUAUAUGUUCAAAGAAACCUAUCCGAGUCUUACCUCAACAGGGCAGUCCACCGCAUUCUGUCGAUGUAUGACCGCUUCGGCAUUCUAGAUGGCAGCACUUGGAUCGCAAGAGCGCCUGUUGAUGCACUGAAGAAAGCCUCCAAGGACCUCAAAGUAUCUUCAGCAGUCGGCGUCGAUAUGCAUGGUACACUUGUGCCUAAUUCCGCCCUGAGAACCGUUGAUGGCAAGCAUGGGCUGCUUCGCAAUGACUCAAUGGGAAUAACCAACGUUGAUUCCACCCUCAACUUUCAGGGUAAAAACGCUCUUCCUACAAACGCCAGCUAUACAUGGACGGGUGAGUUGAUGGCGCCAAUGGCCGGAUAUUACCGUCUUGCUCUGCAGCGUCGGUUUCCCAGCCCUGGGGGCCCAGUCAAUAGUACCGACUACAGCAUCUUCUACCAUGACUCUUUCACCGUUGAUGAGAACACAGUUGAUGGAUACCGUAUUCUUGGCGAUGGAGGGACUCGUCCCUGGAACUCGCCGCUCCCGACUACUGAUUUCUGGGACGAAGCAGGAACAGAUGUCUACCUCACAGCUGGGGCACACAACUUGAGUGCCACCGCAACGUCCAUGUUUGGCGAACCUCUCGAGAUCAGGUUUCACUGGGUCACACCAGAACAGCGCGAGAAAAACAUCAGGAAGGCAGUGAAACUCGCGUCGUCAGUGGAUGUACCAAUUGUCUUCGGACAUGCCAACAGCCCAGCUCAAGUUGGCAUGCAGCUCAUCGAAGGGUUUGACGAGCUCAUUCAACGCGUCGCCGAAGCAAACCCCAAAACCGUGGUCGUCCUGCACAAUGCAGACCCGCUCUUAAUGCCAUGGCUGGACAAAGUCUCCGCCGUUCUGUGGAUGGGUCAUCCUGGCCAGGAAGGUGGAGCUGCCAUCGCGGAUCUUCUCCUGGGUCAGCACAAUCCCCAGGGAAAGCUUCCUGUGACGUAUCCUGCUUCGGUAAACAGCAGUAUGACGCGCAACCCGGAAUACCCGAACCGGGUCGACGGCGAGAAUGGCACAGCCGUUUUCUCUGAAGGCAUUAAUACCUCUUACCGCUGGUAUCUGAGCACAAAUACACCGGUUCUCUUCCCCUUCGGCUUCGGACUAUCUUAUACGACCUUCGACUACAGUGACUUCGAAAUCACCGAAAAAUCAGACUCUACCUUUGAUGUGUCUUUCAUACUGAAGAACACUGGACCAGUAUCCGGAGGUGAUGUGCCGCAGCUGUAUAUUGGACCUCCUUUUGGCGCUGCGCAGAAGUAUCAUGGUGUCCAAUUUGCGGUAUCGGUUCUUGCUGGGUUUGAUUCCGUUGAGUUAUCUCGCGGUGCAGCGAGGAGGGUCACCUUCUCCAUUUCUGAAAGGCAGUUGAGCUUCUGGAAUCAGUCAGAUCGGUCAUGGGUUCUUGCAGAGGGUACGCGGGAGGUGUGGAUUGGGUCGGAUGCGCAGACUGUAGUGCUGAAGGGAACUAUGGAAACCUAG